AUGGGUGAGGGUAGAAAGAAGGGGGAAAGAAGCGAGAAAAGAGAAAGAAAGGACGUACAUAUAGUACCAGUCACAGGAGCAAGAAACGGGGUACUAGUAGGCGGGGGUGGAGGCGAAGAAAAAGAUAGAAAAACAUUACAUAAAAAGUCACCAACUAAAACGAAUGUUGAAGAUGGAGAUGAGGAUCGAGAUGGCAUUGUAGUGGUGGUGGCGGUGGUGGUGGUGGUGGUGGUGCACGUGGUGUUUGGGAUCUCGGUUGGAGGUUUGGGAGUUGAGUUUGGAGUUAAGUUGACGUUGGGAAUUGGUGUUGAUGUUGAUGUUGAUGUUGGUGGUUGUGGUUGUGGUUGUGGUGUCAUGGUUUCAUGGUUGGGGUUGGAGUUUGGGUUGGAGUUUGGGUUUGAUGGGAUGGGAUGGGAUGGGAUGGCUGGCUGGAUGGGACGGGAUGGGAUGGAGAAAUAUCCCGAGUUAUGA